AUGGGCUGCAAGCUCAUCGAACUACGCCACGAACGAAUUUCCACCGGCACUAUCGAAUCGCAUAAUGGAUUGAAGACUUGGAACACAGAAGCUUGGAAACAAAGUACUAAGGCUGCCACCAAGGUUUUGAACAACAGUUCGCCGAUUUUCGCCAACCUCCAUCAUUUCGUGCAAAGGUAG